UACACUUCGCUGCCAAAGCGAAGCAACGCCUAAAACGUUAACAUUAUUAGAAUGGAACACAAAAAAGUUAUAUUCACGAGGUCGUUCGAUACGCUGGCUGCACCGUCGUUGUAGGUAUAGACAGUUGCAAGGAAAACCCAGGUCUCUGGGGGCAUUAUCUUACUAGUUACUGUUUUAAGACAAGGGUGAUCCUGCACAUGCGCUCUUGUCAUCAUUGAUUUUUCUCACUUUGACAGUUCGGCCGAUGUUUUGAGCGACCACCCGCGUAUUGAACACAAAGUAAACAAAAAUUAUGGCUUUAGAUUUUUCUGCAACGUAUAAGUUACUAGUUUUGGGUGAUUCGAAUGUUGGAAAAACUUGUAUUGUGCACAGAUAUUGUGACGAGAGAUAUUACGAUAUUUACAUAUCUACUAUAGGUAUUGAUUUCAAGCAAAAAAUAAUCAAUCUAGACGGAGUGCCCAUUAAACUUCAAAUAUGGGAUACGGCUGGUCAGGAAAGAUUCAGAACUUUGACUACAGCAUACUAUAGAGGUGCUAUGGGUAUCAUACUUAUGUACGACAUUACCAAUCUGGAAUCUUUUAAUCAUCUAUCUUAUUGGUUAAGGAAUAUUCAAGAGUAUGCUUCUCCGGAUGUGAUAAAAGUUUUAGUUGGCAAUAAAUGUGAUGUACACGAGAAUCAUCGAGCAGUUCCCAAGGAACGAGGGCAAAAGAUUGCUGACGAUUUUGACAUGCCAUUCUUCGAGGUAUCUUGUAAAAGCAACAUUAACAUCGAAGAAGCUUUCCUGACUUUAGCCAGAAAAAUACGAGAAUAUCGAGAGACCAAGGCUGAUGCUUUCGAGUUGAAGGAAAGGGACAACGUAAUAAAGGCCUCCGAAUCCGAAACAGACGUGUCAAAGUGUAGUUGUUAACCGAUAACAGAAUAUGAUAUUAAUAAUAAAUCUACACUUAUGUCAGCUCGCGAAUACAUCCUACGUAGGAAAAUCUACAAUUUUAUACUAGUAAACCAGUCUGCGACGGAUUUAACUCGAAACCGAAACAUUCAAGUCGUAAUAGUCAAACGAUAGAUUUUCUAGAAUAAACAUUUGCUAGUGACGUAUAUUUAAAUAAAAAGGGAUUUUUAUAGUGAAAUAAAAACAGUAGAAUGUUUUCAAUUUUGUAGAUGUGAUACUCAUAGAGUCAGAAUCUCAAAACAGAUAGAUUGUUUUAUUUGCUAACUUAUUAUCAACAGGCGCUUUAACAGCGGGCAAUUUAAAAAAUUAGAUAUUAUUCAAGGAAUAUCCAUUAGACUUCAAUUAAUAAAUGAGCCGUUCGUCUUCCAUUGUGUAAGACGUUUUGUAAAGUGUAUAACUAGUAAGAAACUAUUUACUAUUAGGCACUACAUGAUACAUCAACCUUAAGUGUUCGUAAUGUUAUUGUAAACUACUGCAGUUUCAUUCCUAUUACUUGUAGACAAAUACUCGAGUCAUUCGGUAGACGAGCAAAUAUAUUCCUCGAUUAAAACUGGAAAUGGAACUGAAUUGCAUGAGAUAAUAAAGUUCAUAUUGGCUCAGAUUAUAAAACAAAAUGCGGAUGGAGUGAAUGAAGGAAUGCUAAUUCCUGGUAGUGCGAAACGACGACGUAUCUUUUGUUAUUAGAUACAUUAUGCAUAAUAUAUAAAUUGUUAAUGCACACCGAAACUUGCAUUCUCUUUUGUUUCUUCGAUAUAAUGUUCCGCGCGCUCCAUCCGCUUUUUGUUUUAUAAUCUGAGAAUAUUGGUAUGUAAGGUUAGGCAACCAUAAACAAAACAAAGAUUUAAUAGAACGUCGAAAUUGACCAUUACGGUAAUUCGGAUUAAGUACUUAGCUUUUUAUAGACAAGGAAAUGUUUAAUAAUAAAAAAGCAUGUUGAGUCAUUUAACUAUAUGAAUAUCAAAGUAAUUGCUUUUUGAUUAUUCGAGAACAUUUUUGCGAUUUAAUAAAACAAAUUCAUUUGUUUUGAGAUUCUAGCUAUUGAAUAGACUGUAUUCACGCUUUAUGCAUCUGUGUGCUCUUUUUGCGUGUAUAAACUAUAGCAAUUAACUUUGUAGUAUUCAAUUAAAAGUUUAGAAAGUAAUCAAUUAAAUGUAUUAAGUAAUAACAUUAAAACCGACACUAAAAAAAUCGGUAAACGAUAACAUACGAUGGAAAUAAUUUGUUAAAAAAAACAUGCAUUAGUUAUUUAUAUUAAAUUUAUUUUAAACUGUGGAAAAUACUACUUCUUAAGACACAUAUUUAUUUUCAAACAGUAAUAUUAAUUAUAUACUCUUAAUAAAUAUUAUUAGAUAUUUUCCUCUUAGUUAAAAAAAUCGCAAAGAGAAUCUCAUAUCGGCAAAAGCCUUAAAUUGUACGGCUUAAAUCGUUAUUAAUAGUAUAGUAUAUUAUACUCAUAUAGCUUACGCAACGACGCGAUUUGCUCACAUAUAUAAGGACUCAAAAAAGAAGCACACUUUACGAAUUUAAUUAACUUAAAAAAAAAGUUUUAAACUUCUUAAAUUAAAAUAAAAAAUAUUGUAUCGAUAGAGUUAUAAAUAAUGUGAUGGCAUUGGAACUCAGUUUAUGUAAAUGAUUGAUGUUGGAAUAAAUCAUUAAUUCAAAAAUGU